CCCUCAAACAUAAGAGACCAUUUUAGUCAUUUUCUCUGAAAAAAAUAUAUAAGGAAUUAGGGAAGGGGAACCGCAGCUGAAGUUGUAAACAUAAAUUUAAUAGAAACAAAGAAGCAACGACUAGCAACAUACGGAGAAAUCAAGCGAAUUCAAGUUGAUCCAGAUGGCUCUAAGAGGUGUUUGGCAGCUAAAGAAGCUGGUAGUCAGCUAUUGCAAUUGGGGCGGCAGUAGCAGGGGAAUAAGGGCAUUCAUGGAGUCUGAAUUGCCAGCAUUCAAGGAGAAAAAUCCGCAACUUGAGGUGGUCACUGAACUCAAUCGUGGUCAGCAUCCUUUCUUGAAGGGAUUAUACAAGAACAAGAAUGAGCGUGUUGUAUGUGUGAAAAACUUGAAUCAAGACGAAGUACUUGAAGCUGCGACCAAGUUAAGAAAUUCACUUGGCAGAAAGGUGGUGAAGCUGAAGACUCGGCAUGUCACGAAACAACCAAGCGUUCAAGGUACAUGGUCAACAGCAUUGGAGUUAUAAACACCAAAAGAAAAAGGUCUAUGCGGGUGUUUUCUGACAUCCUUGGUUUUAUGAUAUGGAUCUGUAAGUCAUAGGUGUAGUUUUUUGGACAAACAAGUAAUGGAUAAUGUGGUCUACAUGUAUGAGAAGCGGACUUUUCCAAUUGGUAAUGCACUCGAUUAGUCGAUGAUGGAAUAACUUACGCGCCCUGAUAAUUUUUAAGGGGGAUGCUAGGUUUAAGAUGCUAUGGAUGGAAUGGUAAUUGCAUGUGUUUGUUGUGGCA